CUAUAAAAGUUUUUAAAACGUCAAAACUUUCUCCUAAGUUUUCUUUUCCGUAAUUUAAUUAUAAAUCUAAUUAUUUACUUCAACCCUUAUCCUCUUAUAUUUUCCUCUUUUAAUAAUGGCACGAUACUUCAAGGAACAAGAUAUAGAUGAAUUCAGGGAAUGUUUCUACCUAUUUGCCCGGUCGGGACAGAUCACGUCAUUGGAUGAGCUGACAGUUGUCAUGCGCUCCCUUGGGAUGAGUCCUACAAUACAGGAAUUGACAGGUUACUUAAAAGGCAAAGGGGGUAAGAUGUCGUUUGCUGACUUCCUAGAAGUAAUGCAUAUACAUUCGCGUGCCGAGAAUCUGCCUAAUGAGGUUGUGAACGCAUUCCGCGCUGCUGACCCUGAGAAGAAGGGGGUAGUCCCGGCGCGACAGCUUCGCAAUCUGCUGCAGAAGUGGGGGGAGGGGCUAUCACAACGGGAGGUGGACAAUAUAUUUAGAGAGGCGAAUGUAUCUAAUAAUGGUACAGUAAGAUACGAAGAUUUUGUCAAAAUCGCUUGCGCUCCUGUCCCUGAUUACUAUUAAUGUGUUUUCUAUAUUCCAGAAUGUUUUAUUGUGUGUUUACACA